UUAAAAAAAAGAGUGAAUGUUUCGGGUAUACCGAAUGGCGAAUAUUGUUUCUCUCAGGUUUCACACGUGCUUAAUUAUUAAUUAACUUUAUUAAUUUGUGGAUUUUAGAAGAUUGUAAUAAACAAUAGUAUAUACCGAAUUUAUUCCAAAAAACGCCACGCCGGUUAGAUGGGUCGUAAAGCUAAAUUCGAUGAAACAAAAAAGGUGAAGAAAGGUCCUGGAAGAAAAGCACGUAAACAGGGCGAACCUGUGUUUAAAAAAGGCCUUAUUGAUGAUAACAAAGAAGAAAAACAUCUAAGCCAUAGACAGAAGCAGAGAGCUGCACGUCGGGCUAAAAAGAAGAAGGAACUAUUAGAAAAAAGGAAAGCUCUAAAAGAGGCAAAGAAAAAUGUUGCCAAACAACAAGAAAAAGAGAUUCCAGACGAUUCUGAGGAAAACGCAGAUGUUGAAAACGUCAAAGGGUUCACGGAUGACAACAAGGAAUGGUUAACACCAAAACAGAAAGGUAAUAAGAAACCUAAGGAAUAUGAGACAGACAGUGACACUGGGGAGGAGGAUGAUUCUGAUGAUGAGCAGGAGAAUGCAUCAGACGAGGAGCAGGACUCAGAUGCUGAGGAUAAAGUUCAAGCGAAGUCUGGCAAAGAACAGUAUAAGGUUGGCAAACUUGAUGAUUUAUUUGAAGAUUCUGAUGAGGAUGGUGGAGAAAACGAACAACAAUCAGAAGAUGAUGAAACAAGCAAGAUGACCUAUGAUUCAGAUUCAAGUGAGCAAAAUGAAGAUGAAAAUGAUAGUGAAGAUGAUGAUGAUGAUGACAAGUUACCCAUUGAGAAAGCUAACAUCAAAUUAAAAAAGAAAAAAAAGUUAGACCAAAAACUAGCUGAUGAAGAGUUGCAGCUAAAUAUUGCUAAACAGGAUGUGUUUGCAUUUCCAUCUGAAGAAGAAUUGCAAAAUCCCACCAGUUUACAAGACAUUCAUCAAAGAAUCAAAGAUAUAGUCACAGUCUUGAAUGAUUUUAGAAAACUGAAGGACGAGAGCAGAUCUCGUUGUGAAUACACAGAACUUCUUCACAAAGAUUUGUGCAUGUAUUACAGCUAUAAUGAAUUUCUCAUGGAAAUUCUUAUGCAAAUAUUCCCUGUUCAGGAGUUAGUAGAAUUUCUAGAAGCAAGUGAAGUGGCCAGACCACUGACAAUAAGAACUAAUAGCCUUAAGACCAGACGGAGAGAUUUAGCUCAGGCACUUAUAAACAGAGGUGUCAAUUUGGACCCAGUCGGAAAAUGGAGUAAAGUAGGACUGGUAGUGUAUAGUUCUACAGUACCAAUUGGUGCUACACCUGAAUACUUAGCUGGCCACUAUAUUUUACAAGGGGCAUCCAGUUACUUGCCUGUAAUGGCUCUAGCUCCACAAGAAAAUGAAAGAAUUUUGGACAUGUGUGCAGCUCCAGGCGGUAAAGCAUCUCAUAUAGCUGCUAUAAUGAAAAAUACUGGUGCUUUAUUUGCCAAUGAUGCAAAUAAAGAUAGAACGAAAGCUAUUGUUGGUAACUUCCACAGACUGGGAGUUGUAAAUGCAAUUGUAUGCAACUACGAUGGACGAGAAUUCCCAGAAGUGAUUAAAGGGUUUGACAGGGUAUUGCUAGAUGCACCCUGCACAGGUACUGGGGUUAUAGCAAAAGAUCCAAGUGUUAAAACAACAAAGGAUCAAAAAGAUAUACAGAGAUGUUUCAAUUUGCAAAGACAACUUCUAUUAGCUGCUAUAGAUUGUUGUAAUGCAAAGUCAAGCACAGGUGGUUAUAUAGUGUAUUCAACUUGUUCUAUUUUGCCUGAGGAAAAUGAAUGGGUAGUAAACUAUGCAUUAAAAAGAAGGAAUGUUAAACUGGUGCCAACAGGUCUUGACUUUGGAACUGAAGGUUUUAUGAAGUACAGGCAUCACAGGUUCCAUCCAUCACUGAAACUAACAAGGCGAUUCUAUCCCCAUACCCAUAAUAUGGAUGGAUUCUUUGUAGCCAAGCUCAAAAAGUUCUCAAAUGUUAUUCCUGAACCAGUUAAAGAUGAGGAUGAUGAAGAAGAAAAAGGAGAUGGUGAAUUGAAUCUAAAUGGCGACGUUACAACAGACUUACAGUCAAAGUUAUCGAAUGUUCCUGUCAAAAGGCCUGCAGAGACUAAUAAAGUGGAACCUCAGAGCAAAAAGAAUAAACCUAACAGCGGUGAAAAUGUAAAUAAAACGGCGAAUAAGAAUUCAACCGAAAAUAUACCGAAAAACAAGAAGAAACCUAACAAGAAAAAUAAGAAUAAAUCUGCUGAAACUCUUCAAAGUAGUGAAAAUGUAAAACAAAUUGAGGCUGAAACAAAUAAAAGCCAGGGUGACAAAACUCUCCAAGAGGAACAGGCAGUAGUUGUAGAAAAUACUGUAAAGACAAAAAUUGUUCAAGAGUCUAAAAAAGAUUCAAAUACUUUGAUUAAAUUCAAUAAGGAUACCAGUAAUAGCAGUCCCAAUAAAAAGAAGAACAGGAAUAAAAAGAAAAAUAAACCAGCUGCAGCAGUAAUUACAGCUAAAGUGGCCACUAUAAGUGAUGAAAAACUAACAGACAAAAUACAAAUUGCAGCAUCAAAGAAACUAAAGAAUAAAAUGAAAAAGAAACAGAAAAAAGUUGGUCAAUUGAAUGGAAAAAAGGCUAAUAAACCGAAAGUCGAUGACAAACCUAAGACAUUCAAGAAAAAUAAAAUGAAAUCAAAAAAUUGAUGUUGAAUAGUAAAAUUAUUAUGACACAAU